CCGCGCCGAGCGGAGGCCCCGGCGGGGGGGAGGGCCGCCAUGGGCCUCGGUGUGGGCUGAGCCGGCUGCCGCCGCGCUUUCCCUACGGGACGCCCCCGUUGCCCAAGCCCGCGGCAGAAAUGUUCAGGCAGGGGCGCGCCGAGGGUGCACAAUGAAUGGAGAUGCGUCCGGAGGAGCAGACACCGCGGAGGGCCCCGUGCCCGCGCCCGUGCCCGCGGGCUGGCAGCGCCACUUGCGCCGGGGAGCCGUGCACUAUGUCAGCCCGAGCGGCGUGGAGCUGGGGUCCCUGGAGCAGACUCGAACCUACCUCCUCAGCGACGACACCUGCAAAUGCGGCCUGUCCUGCCCCGUGCGCCUGCCUCAGGUUUUCAACUUUGACCCCUCGGCCCCGAUGACCCCAGCGACCCCCGAUGGGACCGGGGCGGCCGAGGAAGACAUGACCAAGCUGUGCAACCACCGGCGGAAAGCCGUCGCCACGACGUCGCCGGCCCCCGGCCCCGAGCCGGCGCGCCCGCCCCCGGCCCCCCGCGCCCCUCUGGCGGAAGGAGAGAGCUCUUCCGUCCACGCCGCCGGCGCCCAGGGCCGCCCGCCGGCCUCCGGCCUCUCCGCCCGGCUCCCCCCCCGGCUGCCCCUCGAUCUGGCCGUCACCCGCCGCAGCGAUGCCUUAAGACUGUCCCUGCUGCGGCCCCUGCCUCGCCCUCCCCUCCGCCCUCCCGCCGAGAGCUUUAGAGCGGCCGCGGGAGCCGCCGGCCCGCGCCCGGGGCGGCCCCGCACCCCGCCUGCCUCCGCCGGGGUCCCCGGCGGCGGCUGCGGCCCGGACACCUCUGGCCGUCGGGCAGAGCCGAGGGGGAGGGGAGGGCGGGGGCGGGACCCCUCUGCUGCGGGUUCCCCCUAUCCGGCCGCCACCGCCUCCCUGCUCCCACCCGCUGGGGGAGGGGUUUUCUCCUGCAGCCCGGAGCAGGGCCUGACCCUCGGCGGGGGCUCCCCGGAGCUGCUGGGGGCCUUGGCCCUCCCCGGGCCCCUGGGCCCACCCUCGGACUCGGGCUUCCUACCGUGGGGGUCACAGCCCCCCGAGCCCCUUCUGGGUGUCCCCCCCGAUCUAGGGGAGCCUCCGGGGGCUCCCCUGCUCCCCUCCCCCUCCAGCGGGCUGCUGGCCGCCCUAGUGCCCCUCCUCGGCCUGGAGCCCUGUCCGAGGACCCCUCAUCAGCCCGGUCUGCUGAGCCCUCCCCAGUCGGGCCCACCUACCUCCCACGUCACCACUGCGCCUAGUGCCCCCGGGCCCCCCACCUCAGGGAGACCCCCGCCGUUUCAGCCACUGCCCACCCCUGUGCUGAGCACGGGCCUCUUCGGCGAGCUGCCCUUGCUGACGGGGCCCCCCGGCCCCUUGGCCUGCCUGCUGCACAGUCUCCAGGUGCCCCUGGAGAAGGCCGGCCUAGGGCAAGGCCCCCCCUGCGACUUGGGAAUCGGCCACGGGCGGGGCACAGGGAGCCCGCAGCCCCUCCGGGGCCGCGGGCGGGGCCGGCGGGGCCGGCGGCCGGGGGAGACGGGGCCCGGCCGCUGGGCCGUCCGGCUGGGAGAAGGCGGUUCGGCCGGGCAGCUGGAGUGGGCCUGCCCCUGGCGGCGCAACGGGGAGCUGGGCGGCCGUUGCUCGCGCCGCCGCGGCCGUGGCCGCCACGGAGCGAGGGGGGCCCCGGCCAAGGCACCCCCGCCUGACGAUCAGCUCAAGGUGCCCCCAAGGGGGCGGGGACGGGGCCGCAGCCGCCAGAGGGGCAGCAACCGGCUACGACCCCGCCGUCGCAGCCGCGCCGUGGCCGGCUCGGCACCCUGACGAGGACCGGGAGGACCGGGAGGAGGACCGGGAGACGGGGCCUGUAGCCGCCCGCUCCCCCCGCAGCCAGAGGGAGACGGCCACGGCCUGGACUCGACGUGCCCCGACUCCCCCCUCCCCCCACCCCAGCCGGGGCUCAGGUUAUUUCUGCACAGACCAUCUCCUUUGGGACGCGGGUCUGCCCCGACCCCGUGGCCCAACUGGGGGACCUUCCUCUGCCCCCUCCCCUGAACAAAGCAAUAACCCCACCCAGCCGUGGGAGCCGACCGCAGGCUGGGCCCCACCUCUCCCUCCCCGUCCCAAACCGUCCUCCCCUUCCUCCCCCCACCCCCGGUGUGUAAGCCCCCUGGGCCGCGCUCCCUCACAACAGACGAGACAGUUUGGACAGGG